AUGUGCGCGCCAAACUAACAAACCAAACCGAUCCUUUUGGACUUGAAACAACUCUCACCUUCAAAUCAGCAAAUCACAUAACCUAGACAUACUCACAGAUCCACAUCACAAUAUAAAUCAAUGAACACUUGUAAACCUAUCUCAAUCACCCAGAAUAAACUAAAUGGACAUACUGUUAGCUCAAAUCCAAGCUGAUCUCCGAUCAAACGACGCUCUCCGUCAAUCAGGCGCUCUUCUCCAGGCACUUCAACAAUCUGCAGCCGGCCGCGAUAUCUCCGUGAUAGCCAAAUCAGCUGUUGAGGAGAUUGUCCUGUCUCCAGCCUCCGCUGUUUCGAAAAAACUCGCAUUUGAUCUUAUUCGAAACACUCGGUUAACAGCUGAUCUCUGGGAGGUCGUGUGUGCUGGCAUUCGGAAUGAUCUGCAUUUUCCUGAUCCCGAUGUUACUGCAGCGGCGAUAUCGAUUCUCGCUGCUCUGCCUCCGCAUAGGUUAGGCAAUUUGAUAUCGGAUUGUAGUCAGAAGAUUUUGAGUUGCUUUGAUUCGAAGAGUCAGAAUUUGAGGUUCGCUACUACGGAGACGUUGGGAUCGAUUUUGGCGCGAGAUGAUUUGGUGACGUUGUGCGAGAAUAAUUUUAAUUUGUUGGAUAAGGUUUCGUAUUGGUGGAAGAGGAUAGGGCAGAAUAUGUUGGAUGCUUCUGAUGCGGUGUCGAAAGUGGCGUUUGAGUCGGUUGGGAGAUUGUUUCAGGAGUACGAGUCGAAGAGAAUGAGCCGGUUAGCUGGUGAUAAGCUUGUUGAUAGUGAGAAUUCUGUUGCGAUUAGGUCUUAUUGGGUGUCGUCUAUGGUGGACUUUGCUUGGAAGAAAAGAAAUGCUUUGAUGUCGAGGUCGCUGAUUCUUCCUGUGGAGAAUUUUAGAGCUACGGUGCAUCCGCUUGUUUAUGCUGUUAAGGCGGUGGCUUCGGGGUCAAUUGAGAUGAUUGAGAAGCUUUAUAUGUCUUCAAGAAUGGCUAAGAUUGAAAAAAAUGUGUUUAGUAAUGCGGAAAGGCUUGUUGGAGUAUCGGAUGUAGUUAGUCACUUGGCGCCUUUUUUGAAUUCUUCUCUUGAUCCUGCAUUGAUUUUUGAGGUGGGGCUUAACAUGUUGUACUUGGCUGAUGUGCCUGGAGGGAAGCCUGAGUGGGCUUCCGCGUCAAUUAUUGCAAUUUUGACACUAUGGGAUAGGCAAGAGUUUUCUUCUGCCAGGGAGAGUAUUGUCAGAGCUGUCGUUACUAAUAUACAUCUGCUUGAUCUUAGUAUGCAGGUUUCACUUUUUAAAAGGUUGCUUUUAAUGGUGAGAAAUUUAAGGGCAGAAUCUGAUCGUAUGCAUGCCUUAGCCUGCAUAUGCAGGACUGCUCUUUGUGUUGAUCUUUUUGCAAAAGAAAGUGUUAGAAGAGGACAGAAGCCUCUUCCAGGAACAGAGGUGACUUCCCUUUUUGAAGAAGCGAGUAUAAGAGCGGAUCUUAACAUUGUAUCAAGUAAAAGUCUGUUUAGAGAAGAAUUAGUAGCCACAUUGGUGGAAAGCUGCUUUCAGUUGUCCCUACCAUUGCCUGAGCUGAAAAUUUCAGGUAUGGAGAGUCGAGUAAUAGGAGCAUUGGCAUAUGGAACAGGUUAUGGGGCAUUAAAUUGGACAGAGCCCGCUUUGGAAGUGGUGGAAGUUUGUAAACCCUGCGUGAAAUGGGAUUGUGAGGGUCGAACAUAUGCCAUUGACUGCUACUUGAAGCUGCUGGUUAGACUUUGCCAUAUAUAUGAUACAAGGGGAGGUGUCAAAAGAGUUAAAGAUGGAGCAUCGCAAGAUCAGAUUCUUAAUGAAACACGAUUGCAAAACUUGCAACGUGAACUCGUUAAAGCUUUACCUCAGGUCAAUACCCCUAGAGUUUGUGCACGUCUUAUUUGGUCUAUUGCAGAACACGUCAACUUAGAGGAUUUAGAUCCUCUUCUAGCUGAUGAUCCUGAUGAUCCUCUAAACAUUAUUGUAUCACAUAUCCAUAAAGUUCUAUUCCAUCCUGACUUAUCUGCAGCUACAACAAACAGUCUUCAAGAUGUUCAGGCAGUUCUUUUAUGUGCUCAGCGUUUGGGAUCACGUCAUGCUAGGGCAGGGCAAUUGCUGACCAAAGAGCUGGAAGACUACAGGAAUGAUAAAGCAUCUGAUUCAGUUAACAAACACCAAACUAGGUUGAUAUUGCAACGAAUCAAAUAUGUUCAAAGCCAUUCAGAGAGCAAAUGGGCAGGGUUUACCGAAGCCAGAGGAGACUAUCCAUUUAGCCACCACAAGCUAACCAUUCAAUUUUAUGACGCAUCAGCAGCUCAGGAUCGGAAACUGGAAGGGUUGGUCCAUAAGGCCAUUUUGGAAUUAUGGAGGCCUAAUCCAAGUGAAUUAACUUUACUGUUGACUAGAAGAAAUGAUUCUUCUCUUCUUAAAGUUCCUCCAAGUGCUGUUACUUUGAGUGGUAGCAGUGACCCUUGCUACAUCGAAGCAUAUCAUUUGACAGAUUCUAAUGACGGAAGGAUCACUCUGCACCUUAAGGUAUUAAAUUUGACAGAAAUUGAACUAAGCCGUGUAGAUAUCAAAGUAGGUUUAUCUGGUCCACUGGUUUACAUGGAUGGAUCGCUUCAAGCAGUUCGGCAGCUGCGAAGUCUUGCUUCACAGGAUCCAGUCUGGUGCAGUGUGACUUUGGCUGUCUCAAGUUUUGAGAGAUGCGCUCUUUGGGUUCAAGUCAUGUACUACCCCUAUUUUGGUACUGGUGAACCAGAUGAUUAUGAUGAUGAAGAUUAUGUGAACAUUAUGAGACAUAAUGGAACCCUAAAUCAAGACGUGGGGGAUCCUGUCAUUUUAAGAUGUCAGCCUUACAAGAUUCCUCUGACUGAGCUUCUUCUGCCGCAUAAGAUCUCUCCUGUUGAGUAUUUCCGCUUAUGGCCUAGUUUACCUGCCAUAAUUGAGUACACGGGUGCCUAUACAUAUGAAGGAAGUGGAUUUACAGCAACAGCUGCUCAGCAAUAUGGAACUUCACCUUUUCUAAGUGGACUCAAAUCCUUGUCUUCCAAGCCAUUCCAUAAAGUUUGCUCCCACAUGAUCAGAACAGUAGCUGGUUUUCAGCUAUGCUUUGCUGCGAAGACUUGGUACGGAGGCUUCUUAGGCAUGAUGAUAUUUGGUUCCAGUGAAGUAAGCACAAAUGUAGAUUUGGGUGAUGAGACGACUACUAUGCUGUGCAAAUUUGUGGUCCGAGCUUCAGAUUCAGCAAUCACUGCGGAGAUUGGCUUAGACAUACAGUCUUGGUUAGAUGACCUCACUGAUGGAGGUGUAGAAUAUAUGGCUGAAGAGGAAGUGAAAGCAGUUGCUGAAGAGAGGCUUAAAGUAUCAAUGGAACGGAUAGCUCUGCUAAAGGCCGCGGAACCUCCUCCCAAGAUGCCAAACUCAGAUGACGAAGAGGAAGAAGCUGACAAGGAAAAGAAGGAUGAGUAUGGUGAAGAAAAGGAACCUUCAACAUUGUCCAAAUUAACUGCAGAGGAGGUCGAGCAUCGCGCUCUACAAUCUGCAGUGCUGCAGGAAUGGCACAUGCUCUGUAAGGAUAGAAACACCAAAGUUAUUUAACCUUAAAGCAGUUUAAUAUACUGAUUAGUGACCUGAUUAAUAUCAUCAUUGUUGAUGUAUAGAAUACAGCAAAGACAUUAAUUUGGUAUAAUUAAUUAAUUUUUGAAAAUAUACAAAUAAAGCAUGUCAUACAAUUAGUAGUAGUCGUGGUUUGGUACGAAGUCGUACUUCACCAUUUCUUCAGGAUGAAGUGAAUACAAGGUGCAGCCGGUAUGAGAU